GCAACCUGUUCAGCAAACAUUAUAGCUGCAGACAGCAGCCUCGUCAUUCAUUUAUUCUUUUUGUGUUCUUUCCCCAGCCCGGAGGAUUAGUCCGUCCCUUCAUUCUUUCUGCAAUUUUACUUAACUUCCUUGUGGUAGAGGUUUCAUCAUUAAAGCAUCCACAUCCGCCGCCAAGCGCGAUCGUCAAUCUACACAUCAGCUCUUCUAAUGAUUAUCUAUCUAUCGCACCAUUCGCCUUCUUCAGUCUUUAUGUUCCACCUACGCUGCCGCAUGUACAUUGCAUAAUUGUCAGACAGCCUGUUAACUCCAGUCUCAAACAGCCUUGUGUUUUGUGGACGUGGCAGCUUUGGGCGCUAAGCUCAUAAGCACCCCCCGGCUCCAAACUUGUUCGUCAUGGCUUCCUCAACUGACGCGUUGAUAGAAGAAGUCUUAGAAGACCUUCAGUUAAACCAUGUUAUCCUGCAAAGUUUAGAAGAGCAACGUCCAGGUGCAGUUGCCGAAAAGGAAGAAAUUCUAGAUGUCAUCAAAGGAUUAGAAUGGCGACUGGCGGAACUACGCGGUACUGCUACCAGAAGCUCGCCGCCACAUAGUCGCGCUGCCUCCCAUCAGACUCCAGAAAUUUCUUUCCUGCAUCGGACGCAGUUGGAUGGCGGCUCUGACACUGGCCCGGUGAAUUCUCCCAGAGGUUUACGGCACGGUCAGACUACAAUGUUUCCCCCACCGCAACCAUUUCAGUCGGCACCGGGACUAGUGGAGCCAUCUCGGCCAUUGGGGCCGUUGUCCAUUCGCAAACGUGGGCGAGAAGAAGAAGACAAUAAUGAUGGCGAUGAAACUGAUUGGACAGAUGAUUUGGAGCUACCGUCUAAGCGUGUUGCAACAAAAAAACCUUCCUCCUCUUCUUCCUCUAGCCCGGAUUCACAGUCUGUUCGUAGUGCUCAAAGGCAGGAAUUGGGUGAUGGUAUUGGCGAUGGAGCUGAUGAGCUUCGGAAGAUUCUAGGUUUGGACAGUCAUGAUACUUUUCUCCAACUCCAAGACGAACAGCGAAAAGCUGAACAAUGGCUCAAGGAACGCAAGGAACAAGAACGCCUCGAUGAGGAGUACGCUCGUAGGCUGGAAGGCCUCCAAGAGUCGCCCCGGCCGUCUUCAGCCAGGAGCGCUUCGUCUACUCUCUACUCUGUGUCUUCUCUGCCUCUGCCAACUUCUCCCGCUCCUAGGUUGAAUGAACAUCCAUAUCCCAAUCUCCAUCGACUCAUGCCUGGGGUCGUACAGCCCACAGACAUUUUUCGUUCACCGUUUGGACCACCUCUGUUGAAUGAGACGCGUCGUUCCGGGCCCCAGCGUCCCCAACCCACCCUCACCCAUGAUAGUGAUGACAGCGAUAUCGCGGAAAUCUCAGCUCGUGAUUUCCAGCGUCUCAUCACUCCAUCUGAACGGCUCUUCACACCGCACCAGUCUCUCGGCAGUUCUCACCGUCCAUUGCAGGACAAUUACCCACAACAGCAACCUUACUCGAAUCUAUAUCCUUACCUAGAGUCCAUGCCCGGCCCGAGUGGCAUUGGUCGACCAGGUCCUGCGUAUGGCCCACAUGUGUUGCAGAACACCAUGGCGAGGCUCAGUGCUGGAAAGCAGCUGCUUGAGCAUGCAGGAAAAUCUAUUUUGGGGGAAUAUGCUAACCACUUCGCAUCCUACGAUAAUCCAGUUCCUCCUUACCCAGGUCCAAUGGGCAUUGACAUGAGCAAGUAUCCGGACUGGAUGAGCGAUUACUACGGAGCUGAUCCAAAGAAGGUCAACGAAGAGAUCAAACAACUGCUAGAAACUAUCAGGCCCGAUUCAGAUAUCUCUACGGAAAACCGCGAAGGGACUCCCGAAGCCCUCAGAUUCACACUAUUGGAGCACCAGAAGCUCGGGCUGUCAUGGAUGAAAUCGAUGGAGGAGCAGGAGCAAAAAGGCGGUAUUCUUGCUGAUGACAUGGGCCUUGGGAAGACAAUACAAGCCAUUGCUCUCAUGGUUUCCCGGCCCUCCAUCGACGAAGAACGAAAGCCAACACUGAUCAUUGCUCCGGUCGCCUUGAUGCAGCAGUGGAAGCGAGAGAUCGUGAGGAUGCUAAAACCUGGCCGAUAUCAACUCUCUGUCUACGUUUUACACGGCGACAAACGAGCUGUGGGAUUCAGGGACCUGAAUAAAUAUGAUGUGGUUCUUACUACCUUUGGAACAUUGUCUUCCGAGUUGAAACGUAGGGAACGGUACGAUGAGCUACAGGCAGCCGGGGCGAACGAACAAUCCCUGUCUAGGGAACUCCUGAAAUCCUUACCAUGUCUUGGGCCGUCCAGCAAGUGGUAUCGUGUAAUCAUUGAUGAAGCACAGUGCAUCAAGAAUCGAAACACCAAAGCUGCCCUUGCCUGUUGUCGUCUCAAUGCCACUUAUCGGUGGUGUAUGAGCGGGACUCCCAUGAUGAACAAUGUCGAGGAGUUGCACUCGCUAUUGAAGUUUCUCCGCAUCAAGCCGUACAGCAAUCUAGAGCGGUUCAAUCACGACUUUACUCGGCCUCUCAAGGGCUCCAGUGUCAGUUCACAGCAGAAAGCAAUGAGACAACUGCAGGUCCUCCUAAAGGCCGUCCUCUUACGGCGAACUAAAGAUUCUAAGAUUGAUGGCAAGCCAAUCCUACAGCUCCCGCGGCGGAUUUCAGAAAAGGUGCACUCUGUAUUCAGCGAAGAUGAACAGGAAUUGUACAACUCGCUUGAGCAUCGCACCCAGCUUCAGUUCAACAAGUAUCUAGAAGCGGGCACUGUGGGACGGAAUUACUCCAACAUUUUAGUUCUGCUCCUCCGGUUGCGACAGGCAUGCUGCCAUCCACAUCUGAUCACCGACUUUAGCAUCAAGCUCAAUGCGAACACAGAUGAGCUGGAUCUGAUCGCGAACGCGAAAGCAUUCGGUCAGGAAGUUGUCAUCCGUUUGAAAAGUAAUGAUGAUGAGCAUGAAUGCCCUAUCUGCAUGGAUGCCGUGGAAAACCCGAUCAUUUUCUUCCCUUGUGGUCAUAGCACCUGCGCGGAAUGUUUCUCAAGGAUUUCUGAUCCAGCAUUGGCUGUAAGUCAGGGCCACGAUGGUGCAGUAGAGGUCAAAUGUCCGAACUGCCGCGGCAAAGUAGACCCAAAGAAGAUUACCGAUCAUGUAUCCUUUAAAAAGGUGCAUGAUCCUGACCAGUCCGAGGACCCAGUAGAGGAAGAGCCACCUCAACCGGUGGAGGAGGAAGACGAGAGUGAUGAGAGUGAUGGUGAUGAUAGCUUGUCUCGAUUUAUCGUCAAUGAUGACGAUGAUGAAAACGAGAAAAGCUCUUCCAAGAGGCCUAAGCACAAAGGGAAAGGUAAAAUGGCCCGGCCUAAAAAGACCCUUGCCGAGCUGAAGAAAGAAUCAUCGAAGAAUCAAAAAUCGAAGCGCAAGUACCUCCGCCGGCUGGAGAAGACUUGGGUGUCGAGUGCUAAGAUCGAAAAAGUCAUGGAGAUUCUGCAGGGUAUCCAGGGCGGUGACGAGAAGACAAUCAUUUUCAGUCAGUUUACGUCUCUGCUUGAUUUGCUUGAAGUUCCGAUUAUGCGCCAAGGCUGGGGCUAUCGGCGGUAUGAUGGUAGCAUGAAGCCAGCAGACAGAAACUCAGCAGUGCUAGACUUCACCGACAAGCCGGAUUGUAGGAUUAUGCUCGUCUCCCUGAAAGCGGGCAAUUCGGGCUUGAACCUCGUUGCCGCGUCACAGGUUAUCAUAUUCGACCCAUUCUGGAAUCCCUACAUCGAAGAACAAGCGAUCGAUCGCGCCCAUCGAAUUGGACAGGUGCGGGAGGUGCAAAUCCAUCGGAUUCUCGUGCAGAACACGGUUGAAGACCGUAUCCUUGAACUUCAAGACAAAAAGCGAGAGCUGAUUGAAGGGGCUUUGGAUGAAAAGGCUUCAAAGAAUAUUUCCAGGCUGGGAACUCGAGAACUGGCUUACCUAUUUGGAGUUCAGUAGGGAGUUUCACUGUUUGUUUUCAUCAGCAUGGCGUUGGCGGGUUUUUGAUUUGAAUAUUUAAUCGGAUCUAGAAUAUACCCAAGAUCUAUCCACCUCUCUUGUUUCCUCACACACUUGAAUUUGUUUGUGCUAUGUCGUACCAUAGACCGUUAAAGACCACUGCUUACUCAAGUCCAUUCCGAACUCCUAGAGAGGAGAAAUGUCACUACCGGCGAGAUUUUCUUUUUUUUUGGGGGGGGAGUCCAUCGCAUCAAACCCAGAUGGUCAGGUAUAGUAGUGAUUUUUUGAGAAAUGAGGUGAUUCGAUCAAGAUAUUUCCUCUUCUCUUUUUCUUUAUCACCACUGCAUUCAUUAGGUAUGGGAAUGAAAAAUUGUAGGGAUCACAUUAAAUUUUGGAGAGAAUCAUAUGAAUUACAGUAUGACGCGAGCCCGCGAGCGAAAC